AUGUCAACCUGGAGACAACUGUCCAGACCACGGUUCCUCGUGUGUCGACAAUGCAUACGGCAGCAGUCUACUUUGGCGCGCGGUGAGCGACCAGCAAAGAGGUGGGCUGACGAGGAAUCAGAUCCAGCAACCAGACAGGCACAAUGGGAAGAGCAAACGGGCAGAGUGCGAGCAGGGAUACAGCAGAGCAUGCUGAGCGUGCUUGAAGAGCGAGGAUUUGUCAAGGAUGUUGCUGGCGGACGCAAGGAACUCAAUUGGCUGCUCACUGAGAAGCGCAUUGGUGUAUAUGUUGGCGUAGACCCAACAGCACCCUCUCUGCAUGUCGGCCAUCUUCUCCCCCUGAUGGCACUGUACUGGAUGUACCUGCAUGGCUACUACACCGUGAGCUUGUUGGGCGGAGGCACUGUACAGAUUGGAGAUCCUUCUGGCAGAACGACAGCACGCUCGCGCCAGGCGGAGAAUGUGCAAUCCAUGAAUGUGGAGAGCAUACAGCGACAACUUGAGAAGCUAUGGACCAAUGUCAAGUGCUUGGGUAUCAAGCACCAGUUCCCGCAGAUGACGAGCCGGAAGCAAGAUAUUCUCAACAACCGCAGGUGGCUCGAGAAACUCAGCGCAGUGGAGUUGAUGAGGGACUUGGGCUCGGGCAUGCGUCUGGGCGCUAUGCUCAGUCGCGAUUCAGUCAAGCUUCGAAUGGAAAGCGGCGAAGGCAUGGCUAUAUCCGAGUUCAGCUACCCCCUCUUCCAAGCCUACGACUGGUGGAGCAUGUAUAAGAACCAGGGUGUUCAACUUCAAAUUGGUGGCUCGGAUCAAUAUGGCAACAUUAUUGCGGGCAUGAAUGCUGUUAGUCAUAUGCGUAAGAUAUAUGGCAUGGAUGACGGAGCGGCAGAAGAGGACCCACGCGUAGCAACGUAUGGACUUACCACGCCGUUACUUACAACCGCUUCUGGCGAGAAGUUUGGCAAGAGUGCUGGCAAUGCUGUCUGGCUGGACGGUCAGAUGCUGAACUCAUUUGACCUCUACCAGUACUUUAUGCGCACCGCCGAUGCGGAUGUAGAGCGCUACCUCAAACUCUUCACCUUCCUCCCCCUCGACUCCAUCAAGCUGCUCAUGUCCCAGCAAUCCCAAGACCCCUCCAAGCGCCUAGCCCAGCACAUCCUCGCCCGUGAAAUCGUCGAGCUAGCCCACGGCGCCGCCGCAGCAAAGAAAGCCGAAGCAGCCCACAAAGACGCCUUCAGCCAAGGCACAAACACCUUUUCCCUCCUCUCCCUCCGAACCGCCAUUUCCAACAGCAAGGAUACCGAUGCCUCAUCAUUGUCCCCAUCGCCGACCGCCGAACCCCCACUCAGCGCAAAAGAACAAGAGCUCCUAGCCUACAAGCGCGCCUAUGCUUCCACCAGCUCGCCCGCCCAGUCACCCACCGGCGCAACACCUCCGCCCCCCUCGGACAAUAAAAUCAUCACCCUACCCCUGUCCCUGCUCGCCCCAGGAUCCUUCCCUCACAUCCUCCACGCCGCCGGCCUCGCCACCUCGCGCUCAGAAGCCAGUCGGCUCAUUGCCAAAAAAGGCGCCUACGUCAUCGUCCCCAACUCGGGUUCCCUGGAUAACCCCACCGCCCUCAGAUGGGCCACUAUCGAACCCGGUAAAGAGGUUGACCCGAAUCAUUACUUGGUCGACUGGGAGGCACUCGUGCUCAGGGCGGGCAAGGCCAAGAUUCAGAUUUGUAGGGUUGUGCGUGAUGAGGAGUUGAGUCCGUCGGUGGGGGAGCAAAAGGCAUGA